AUGGCUGAGGGUGGUGUCCCGUACCCCUCCGUGUUCAUGGUGGAUAGCCAUGCAGCCUACCCACCUCUGCCCCCCAAACCGAGACCUCCUGGUCGGGGUGGUGUGACCCAGAGCCUGCUGUUCCUGCUGGUUGGGCUGGCUCUGUGUGGCUUGGCCAUAGAGGCCUGCUUCAUCUACCACCUCUACUCCACACAGGGAUCUGUGAGUAUUAUCACCAUGAUGUGGCUGUCUACCCUUGUCUCCGUCUCCGUCUCUGUUCCAUCUCCCUCAACACCUGAGAGUCUCUUGUCACACAUCGCUCUCUCUCACACUACAUAUAUCUAGUAACAACUAUGCAUUCUUUCUACUGUGUUCUUUCAUCUCUCACUGUUUUAUUUUCCCCAAUCUCUGUCUCGCUGUCAACCCCACAAUCUAUACACUAUUCUCAGAAACAUAUUUUUUUAACUCCAAAAUGAAAGUGAAUACAUUUUCACAAUGUCAUUAAUUGAUGUGUUCUUUCUCUCUCUACAAGAAAUGUGUACAACCCAUUUGUAUCAUCAUAUGGGAAAUAUUUUGUAUUUAUUUAUUUCAUAGUCGCAGUCGACAAGACUGAAUUUAUGCAGAAUGCACAGUUACAUUAAGACAAUACUUUAAAUACACAAGACACUACAUUCAAUUAAUAAAGUCCUAUAUAUUAUAAUUACAAUUUAAAAGUCAUAUUUGGUUAUCCCGAUCUCAAUGUAUUUUGUACAAAGUAGUAAUUUACUGUUGGCUUUUAGCUUUUGUUCAUGUACUCCAUUUGUAUUAUGGCAGUAUCUUGGUUCAGAAUAGAGCAAUGUGUGGUGAUAUGUCACUUGGAGUAUUGGAACCAUGCUACAAUUGGUUGUUUUGUUAGACUAUGAUUGUGAAAUAAUUUUCCAUGUCUAUAGGGAAGAGAAACAAAUAUUAACUUCCGAGUUAACAGUGCAUUAUUCACCACGAUGUAGGUUUUUUGUCGUGUCAAUUUUGCUUUACGUACAAACAGGUCUCAUGACAACACAGCAUUCUAGUCAAGUUCUGUCAUGGUCAGCAGUUUCUUUCCCAAAGUUGGAGUUGGGAUUCCCCUUGAUAUACGCAUUAAACAGUUUUAUUCAUAUUUGUACAUUUGGCAACAGUUGAGAUGGAGAAGUAUCUCAGAAUUGGGCAUCAUUUCAGAGAAUAUGAAUGUUCAGUGACGUACCUUGCUGGAGCAGGGGCCAGCAUUCCGUGUUCCACAGAAAUGGUUGGUUGGUCAGGUGCUUGUGGUUACGUUGAGCUUUAUGUGACAUCAUUUCCCCUAACCCAGUCUAGUGGCAAUGGUGCAGUAGUUUAUUGGGAAGAGGAGAGAGCUAGCCUCUCGCUGCAUGCACAUGUACUGACAGGGGAAGACAGGGGGUAGGGUGGUCUGGUAUGGGAUGGGUGGUCUACUUUGUUUAAUUACCAAAAACCAUAAGCUGUUCUGUUUAUCUUUCCUCCGUAUCAUCUAAUACAAUGUAAAGGUCACAUUGCUUAAGGCCUAAAGAACCACUUAAAUAUGAACAAAUGAACAGUCUCACACAUGCCUGUUCUGUAUUACCACAAACCUCUGUGUUCAAUAUGAUUAUAUCUCUUUUCUCAAAUGCAGGCAGGGUCAGCUCGUAUGAGUAUCCAAGGUAUGUCCCAGACUAUAUAUUUUUAUCUUGUUCAAACACCGUGACAAAAUGACAAGGGACUCAUCUUUGGUAGAAGAAGAUACUGUAUAUAUUGUAUCCCUCCUGCGAGUAUACACAUUUGAUUGAUUAAGUUCUGAAUCAUUCACUUUCUAAAAUGCACAUCACAUCAACAUAAACUUUGUUCCCAAAACAGACCAAGAGGCCAUUCCGAAGGAAGUUCCCCCAACUUCAAGACCAAACCCUGUUGUGUUGCCUUCAAAACCUGUUGCACAUCUGACAGGUAAGAGCAUCAUCACUAAGCCAUUGCAACUACACACAACCCUUUAUAUUAAUGUUUCUCAGUCAUUGGUCAUGACAGAAAAAGGGUGAAAUAAAGUAUGUAGUAGAACAUAAGAUAGUAUGGUGUAUGAAAUAGUACAUGAAAAUAAAUGGAAAUGAGCUCUUAUAACAGAAAACAACAACUUUUGCCACAUAUUGUCCUGUUUUUGUUCUCCAGCUGGACCUCAAGCACCCCAUGGAGAUGGAGUCUUGGUAUGGGAUAUGCAGCCACAACCGCUCCUCCAUGAAAUGGAGUACAAAGAUGGUAAGCUUGUCAUCCAGAAGGAAGGGUACUACUACGUCUACUCUAAGGUCUUCUUCAGUGAGGUCAAUGGUGCAUUCACACAUUCGGUCUGCAAAACUACUCCACGGUACCUUGGGAAGGACAUUGAACUGCUUAAGUCCAGGAGAUAUCACCCCAAGUCUGGGAAAAUGAUGUCCACAUCAAACAGCUACCUGGGAGGGGUGUUCCACUUCUUUGACGAUGACUCCAUCUUUGUCAAAGUGAAAAAUGUCACUCAAGUUCGGAUACACUAUUCCACUGAGAACGUGUUUGGUAUCUAUAUGAUAUAA